AAAAUGGAGGGCCGACGACGCAGGCAUGGCGUUGCACACGAAUGGGGCAGAAAAGUCUGCGACCCAUUGCAAUAUUGUUCCUAAUCCUAAUGACGAUAACGCAAUCAACUCUUGCUUUCCACAAAGUCGUGUCGCGAUCAAACGGUCAUUCUUCAUCGUUGACGGCUCGUGCCGCGGAUAAUUCGUCCUUGCUUGAAUGCCUGGAGGUUGCGCCACCAAUCCUUAGCCCAAGUGGAGGAUGUCAGCAGACUUUGAUGGUGUACACAUUUGCUUUGUCAUACGGACAGCCUUUCGUGGGCGACUAUGCUCCGCCAGAAUGCGACUUCAAUCGUGUAGCUAUCGAGUUUACGGUCACUUCGGCAGGGCGGCAGUUCGACAGACUAGCUUUGAUGUACCUGGACGACAUCGAGGUCUGGCGGACAUCGACGGCCGAGCCAACGUCAAGCGGUAUAAUAUGGACCUAUACCAAGGACAUGUCCGCAUAUUCGGUUCUCUUCAGAUCACCACACAAGCUCAUUUUUGAUCUCGGCAACCUGAUAGAUGAUACGUACACCGGUUCAUGGAACACGACAUUGACGGCUACAUUCUUCACGGCCGAUGAUACGACGAAGCCUGCAGACAUCAUUUUGCCUGUAUCAGCUCGGAGGUCAGCUGCAAAUCAACCGAGUGCUUUUGUUGUACCAGACACGAAAGCCAUCAACACAUUGGAGCUGCCCAAGAACACAGAGAAGGCGGUCUUCACUAUCUCUGCUUGCGGUCAAGCUGCAGAGGAAUUCUGGUGGAGCAAUGUGUUCAACUCGGAUACAAAAGCCUUUGGCAAUGACACCACGUUAUACGGACAUUCAUCUUUUCGAGAGUUGCAGCUACUAAUCGAUGGCAACCUUGCUGGCGUGGCGUGGCCUUUCCCGGUCAUAUUCACUGGAGGCAUUGUUCCCGGGUUCUGGCGUCCUGUCGUAGGUAUAGACGCGUUCGAUCUCAAGGAAGACGAGAUCGACAUCACGCCAUUCUUGCCAUUGCUCAAUGAUGGCAAUACGCACGCGUUCGAAAUACGCGUUGUCGGCAUUGAUGACGAUGGGAAGGGUAAUGGCCAGCUUACGGAGAACAUUGAAUCGAAUUGGGUGGUGACCGGCAAGAUCUUCAUCUGGACGGGAACAGCUAUGAAUUUGUCUAUAGGCACCGUCCCCAUCAUUUCAGCCCCGGCACCUUCGAUCAAGUUGCAGUCAAUCACAAAGCGGUCGGUCAACGGGACGGUGAGCGCACUUGACUACUCCAUUCAGGUGUCACGUCAGCUGUCCGUCGAAUCCACCAUCAUGACCUCUGCAGGUUCGCAGACUGUAUCGUGGAAGCAAGAUCUCACUUUCUCAAACACCGGUACUCUCAGCAAUGGUGGCAACGACCAAGUGGAUCAGCAAGCCACUAAAGGCACGAGCAUCUCCUCCACAGGUUUUAGUCGGUCCUUUGACUACCCACUUUGGGUGAUCUCGUCCUAUAAUGCACCUGCGGGUGGAAAUGUUACAAUAGAUGCAAAAAUAGCACGUGGGAAGAACGUUCAGCAAACGGGUGACUUAGCAUUCCUGAACGAAUGGAGAACUUUCGAUCACGCAAGCCUUCACUCAACGCCGUACAGCGUAGCCUUCACCGGAUCGAAUACAACGAAUUGGCAGAAUGGCACUGCAUCAUACCUAUCUGUACCCGCAAUCAAGAAGUCAUUUGGCACCGGCACGACGGAGCAGUUCCUCAUUCUCAGUGGCACAGCCGGAUCAGUGGACUAUGGGAGCGGAAAGCUAUAUCAGAGGCACAUCAUUGCAGCGAAUAAUACCGUCGUAUCCGACCAGGAAAGGUUCGGUGAUCAGGCGGUCCAGCGAAGUCGCAUCAACCUCGCCAACCAAUCGCCUAUUGCAGGUGGACUAGAUGAAUAUGCGGGCCGUGGCGUCAGAGCCCUGCUCGGGCGGGGACCGUUGUAG